AUGGACAAGAAUGCUCAAGAAGAACAAACAAAUUUAGAAGAUGAAAAACAAUUUUUGAUUUCUGUGGAAGACACCCUAAACACAGUAGAAAAAAAUAUCCAUAAAUUUAUAAAAGAUGUUCCGCAAACGCUCGUUAAUUCUGGAUUAGAUAUAGACUUAGAUAAAUUAAACAUAGAUGAUGGUCAAAAAGAUCUCGUUUCUUUAUUUCCGAAAUCAUUAACCGAUGAAAUAAAUAAAGAGGAAAAAGAAAAAAUUUCAGUUUUAGAGCUCAAAUGUGAACAGUUACACAGCCAAUUGCAACAACAAAUAGAUAAAAAUAAAAAGGCUCAAGAAGAAAUAGAAUAUUUAAGAGAACAAAUAUUGAAUCAAAGUACAUACUGUGCAACUUUAGGGGCAGUUUUGGGUAAUUUAACAUGGCGCGCAUCUCGACUUCCAGAAAUUGUCGACGUUUGGCUUUCUGGGUUUCAGCAUAUGAUCGGUGAAUUUUUAUCGAUAACAGACGGAAGUUUCGUCGCAUUUAUAAAUACUUAUCAAAACGCUUUUCCCCCUACUUGCAAUGUCGAAUAUCAGUUUAUAAUUGGAUUGUUAGGCAUCGUGACUAAUAUAUCCGCAACACCUGAGGGACGUGAAUUUUUAAUCACUGAUCCGAAUGGAAGAGCUUUAGUACAAAAAAUGGUGAAACUUAUGCCCACUUUGCCACUUUCGCAAGGUUCUCUAUCUCUAAAAAGAUUGAUGUUGAUGAUAUUCUAUAACGUCAGUAUGAAUAAAACCGGCUUACAGCAUCUCUUCGAAUCACGAGUAGGCGACGUGUUAAAUUGUUACUUGAAAAACAAUUCAUUACCAGAUGAAACACAAUUUCUAUGUCUGCGCGUGUUACAAUCAAUGACAUAUGGCCUGACUAAUCCCAAAUACAUUCAAGACUUGAUUACUACUCUACCGAUUAGUAAAAUAGAAGAUAUUGCAACUUCGAAUAAAAAUGAAAUGAGUACAGUUGCGAAACAAGUGAUAAAACAGUUGCGGGAUUCGCAGAAAUUUAUCCGUUUGAGUUAAACGCGUGACUAUCUCGAUUUUCUUUCUUACUGGAUAAACUGAAUUGAAAUUUGUUUAUAAGAAAGGAAUUUUGUUCAUGUUGCUAAUCUUCUAGAUUAACAGGAAUUAAAAUAUUCGAAUGAAGUUCGGUUUGCAUUUUCGCUACAAAGUAUAAAUGUCUAUUUUUGUAAUUGAUAUUAUCAAACAUCAGAAUAUCUUUGGAAUAUAUUCGUGACUAGUUUGAGAACUGUCGAAUAUCGAUCUGCCUUAUGCAGCUACAAAAUAAAAGCAAUUGUGUGGAAUAAUACGGAAUAAUACGGAAUAGUACGAAAUCAAUUACGCAUACGAUUGAAUAAAACAUAAUCGAGCGUAAAAAUAUUUUCUAAGUAAUUAAAUCAAUUCUUCCAAAACUUUUUAAUAUUUUUA